CCAAUCUCAACAGGCGCGUCCAAUCGGCUUACUAUUCUUUAAGUAGGUUUAGCCAAUGAAGCAGCAGCGGCCAUGUUGUGUCCCAGGAGACUCGGAGAUUGUUGGGGGAUCAGGGAAGCUGUCCCUAUCCGGAGUUUGAGGUGGGGGAUCCGGGCUGCGAGACUCUGCUGGAGCACCAAGUAGAACACAAUUGAUCGCCAUGAGCCGGCCGUCCUCUGCGGGCGGCGGAGGCGGAGGACUCGGGGCCGGGAAAGCAGGGAGUGGAAAGCACGGUGUGUCUGCUGGGGCAGCCGCCGCCGCUGCAGCCGCAGUUGCUGCCGCCGCCGCUGCUGCAGCAGCAGCUGCUGGAGUGGCCGGAUCAGCGGCCGGAGCAGGCUCAGUUACUCCGGCUGCCGCUGCUUCUUUGCCCACCGCAGUCCUCCCGUGCCAGGCCGCGGAACUUACUGCUCUUUUUGAGUGCCCGGUGUGUUUUGAUUACGUGCUGCCACCGAUCCUGCAAUGCCAGGCCGGGCACCUAGUGUGCAAUCAGUGCCGACAAAAGCUGAGCUGUUGCCCCACCUGUCGCGGGCCUCUAACCCCCAGCAUCAGGAACUUGGCCAUGGAGAAAGUGGCUUCCACUCUCCCGUUCCCCUGCAAGUAUGCCUCGGCCGGCUGCCUGCUCUCCUUGCACCACAGCGAGAAGCCGGAGCAUGAAGAGGUGUGUGAGUUCCGGCCGUACACCUGCCCCUGCCCGGGGGCCUCCUGCAAGUGGCAGGGCUCGCUGGAGGCGGUCAUGCCCCACCUGAUGCACGCCCACAAGAGCAUCACCACGCUGCAGGGCGAGGAUAUCGUCUUCCUGGCCACGGACAUCAACCUGCCGGGGGCCGUCGACUGGGUCAUGAUGCAGUCCUGCUUCGGCCACCACUUCAUGCUGGUGCUGGAGAAGCAGGAGAAGUACGAGGGCCACCAGCAGUUCUUCGCCAUCGUGCUGCUCAUUGGGACCCGCAAGCAGGCCGAAAACUUUGCCUACCGCCUGGAACUCAACGGGAACCGCCGCCGGCUGACGUGGGAGGCCACGCCUCGGUCCAUCCACGACGGCGUGGCCUCUGCUAUCAUGAACAGCGACUGCUUGGUCUUUGACACCUCCAUUGCCCACCUCUUUGCAGACAAUGGCAACCUGGGUAUUAAUGUCACUAUAUCCAUGUGCUGAGCAGCAGUUGUGUUGGCAAUGAGUGUGGAAGUUGAGAGAGAAAGAGGAACCUGCCUCAGGAGGAGGCAAAGGAGGGUCUUUGGAUUUUUCUCACCAUGGAAACCCCGUAGGGGGAGGUAUCUUGCUAAACUCUGCAGAGUUGUGCAAGGGUGACUGGCUGCUGCAAACUGCUCUGAUGUCAAGUAACCUGUGUGAGGACAGGCAUGAUUUUGUGUUUGUGAGCCUGCAUCUGGCGUUGCUAUAAUGCUGCAUACUUGCAUUUUUUUUUUUUUUUCUACAAAUUUGCAGCAGUCAGCUGACCUGUACGGGUAUGUAUGCUGGUUCAUGCAGUCGUCUUGUACACUGAUGUUUGGGUGUGCAUGCUUGCAAGGGUGUGGACGUGUACGGCACCUGUUUCUGUGCGUGCAUGUAAGUAUGCAUCAGUGUGGCUGCGUGUGCAUGCAAGUGUGUGGAAGCCAAGCUGUGUACUGUGCAUAGGUAGUAAAAUUGCACAAUGUGCACACAAGACUGCAAGUUAAUGUGGAGAGCAGGAGAGAGACUGAUCAUUGUGAUUUUAAUGGUGAUCCCAAAUGGUCCCGCUAGGUAGGGUCAAAACUGAUUCUGCAUUAUGUGAUGCAGAGCAGGCAAGCUGCAGCAGAGGGCACUUCGAGGCACUUUGGAAAUAUCAGGCUACAGUCACUUUGGUAGUGUAGUAAUAGCAGUGAGGAAUAGGUUCGUUCUGAAUUGAGAAAAUGUUUUCUUCAAAAGGUAGGACCUAUGGGCAGAGAGUUUAGGUGCAGAAAAUGUCAUUCAGUCAUUCUAAACACAGCAUUCCUCAGCAAUCGGUACAAUACUUUGUGGAGCUCCAAAAUAUUCCACUGGGACAUUGAUGCUGUCCCCAUAAUACCUUAGAUGAACGCUUAGUGUGUGUGUGUAUGUGUGUGUGUGUGUGUGUGUGUGUGUUACUAUGACAUCAAAUGCCUACAAGUACCUCCACUGUUUGUUUUCAAACACACUUUCCCUUGCCAAAGGUAUGUUCAACAUACUGAAAUGUUGGAAAGUGUAUAUAUAACAUACAUACUUACAUACACACACACUAUGUUGCAAUGGAAACAGAAAGCUAUAUUUAAAAAAAAAAAUACAUUCUUGUAAUCUUUAUGUACCUAUGGAGGUAUAUGGAAAGUAUAUUCUGAUAAUAUGCAUGAUCCUACGUCAUGGUGCUUCCAGGGUCAGCAGGUUCAUUUAAAAAUGCCACUAUCACUCUUGCAAAAAAAAAAAAAAAAACGACUUGGCCAUUCCACCAAACAAUGAUGAAAAACUCGGAAGCAGUGAGGUUCAGUUCAAUAUCAGAAGAAUUUAAGGAGAUGUUUUAAAAGAGGAGCAAAAUAAAAGAACACAAAACAUCCAUUGUACAUGUUUAUCUGAGAGUUAAUAUAAUCCCCCCCUUCUGUUUUACCAUCACUAAUGUAUGAUAAUUUCACUCAGUAUAGGUUGUGUCAGCAAUAUCGCAUAGUAUAGCCAUGUGGUCAAAGCAUGGCGAGUCUGCCCAGCAUCCCCUCCCUCAGUGUCCUGCGUGCAUACACUGGGGGCGGAUGGAGAAAUAUACAUUGUUUAAACAGUUUAUGAAUGAAAACAAUGUGCUUUAAGAAACAUAGGAUAUAUAAAAUAACAUAUUUAAACUGUGGGCAAAGUGAAUAAACUAAACUGAAACAUGAGUCGGACUAUAGAUUAUUAUCACACAAUAAUAAAAUGUUUUUUUGGUUUUGGACUGUUAAUGCACUUAUAAGUGCAUUAUAUAUUCUGACCCAUACAUUAUUUUAGUUCUAUAUUGCAGUACUACUGCCAAGCAUGAUGAGCAUUCUUGCACUAAGGUUACCUUCUCCCCUUGUACACAUGAUAAUAUUCAGGUAUUCAGUAAUGAAUCCGUCAUCCUCAGAAUUGCAGGCAAUCCAAGCUUUUUCUGUAUACAGCCACAUCUCUUCAGAGUGUUAUGGCUGAAGUGAUAUUACUUCUCAUGUAUUUAGCCUGACCCUGAUGGUUUAAAUGAACAGAUUGUAUAGAUAGCAGGGCCCUAUUUACUUGAUAGCUGACUGCAAUCCGUGAUGCACUGCAUGUUUGCAAGGCAAGCCAGUGCUAUUAAACAGAAGGCUUGUCUACCAGAACUAGCUGUAGAAGGCGUACGCUUGAAGUCCAGGAAGUUGUGGAUUCUAUUUAUUCAAACGGGAAUUUGCAUCGGUCUGGCUUUGAAAAUCGUAUAUAUUUGCAUUCUUUCAUGUUUGUAAAUCUUGGUGUUGUUUCCGUGCAUUUUUUGUUCGAUGGUUAAGUAGAAAGACAAGUCUGUAUAGUUUGUUGCACUUCUGUUAACAAUGGGGUAGAGUUAUUACCAUGGAUUUUCUGUGAAGGCUUCAGGGAUUCACUAGACCCAGGGUGCAAUACAGCAAGUUUCUUGUGUCGCUCUUGAAUGACCCGCCAACAGCAUUGCAACCUUUUACUACAAAACUGAAAGCCAGGUACCAGUGCCCUGCUAUUACCACACACCGCAAUUUCAGUAGUAGCCAUCCUGGUGUGCUUUGUUUUCAUUUCAGAAAGCCAUAUAUCAAUACAUUUUGGUUUGAACAGAUUGCAGUUAUAAAUUAUUGUAUGUUUUGUGGAAGCCACAGUUGCUUAGAAUUGUUCUUUAUUUGUAUCAAAUUAGUAUUUUCAGUGUAUUGCAAAAAGUAUUAUUCGUGGUUUGUAACAUUACAUGGGCUAGAUCUGUUUUUCCUUUCGUGACAUUAUUAUUAUUAUUUUAUCGUUAUUAAAAAUAUAUAUUUAACAUUUUGCUAAGGUGGGAUUUCAAAUGGCAUUACUCCUAGUAAAAUAAACUUUUUCAUAUUAAAAUUGAUGGUUGUCUAAAUGGUGAAAACAAAAAAUGAUAUUAGAAGAACAGUUUAUCUGUGAAACAAUAAGCAAUUUAUUGUUUUCAAAUCAGUCAGAACUCGGUUGGAAAACCUAUAGAAGCUUGACACUCUUGGACAGUCUAAAUUAGUGGUUGAUCGUGUCCAUGCACUACAUUGUAUUGACACAAAGGUAUUAGUCAUAAUCAUUAACUAUUCAUUAAAAUUUGAAUGGUCCUGCAUAGGACUCUGUGGCAUCAGGAAUAAUCGCAUGAAAUUGUAUUCGGAUGGGAAAUUGGAUUUCUUGUAGCAUUUAACCUUCUGUAGCGCUUUUUAAUAUUUUUACAUUUUAGGUUUGUGGGCGAGGUUCUAGAUUCAGUGCUAUAAUGUAUCAUUCCAAAUACAUAACUGAGUAAUUGUUUAAUUAAACAUUAUAAUGGUAAUAAAAACAGACUUUGGCACAUACCACUUUUCAGUUUGGUGUAUUAGAUGCUUCCAUCAUUCCUCCCUAUUCUGUAGUUUUGAGUUUCAGCAGUCCACUAUGGAAUACAGAACUGCAGCCUGUCGCAUGCCGUCAAGAGACAGAAACUGUACCAGAUCAUAGUCUGGGACGUGGGAUUGUAAAGGCGAGACACACAUGCAUGGCAGAAGUAUGCGUCUUAGUGUAUGUAUAGAUGGCAACACGUCUCGUCAACAAUAUAUUUUGACAUCAGAAUAAAAGCUUUUUAAAGUGAUACACAACAAUUAUUUUUACUUCCAGCUUUGCUCUCAAUUUUAGCUAUUCUUAUAUUUUCUUGCCUUUCUGCAUCCUUGUGCCCUAUGUUAAAGGCAUACAGAACUGUUUGGUAUAUCGCCUAUUAGUAAUAUACCUGAAGCUGUGCAUUAAAAUGUAAACCAGUUUGAACCUCUGCGUGUUAUGCUUCAGGACUGCCCAAUGCCUGGUGAUCUGUACAGUUGACAAGUACAUUCUGCAUUGACUUCUAGGGGAGUGUGUCUCAGCCAUCAUAUCUGUAACAUGUACUUUGGAGAACAAUGGAUAAAUACACUACACCUCAAUGCUGUCCCAUCAGUAUAUGGGAGUGUUAAAGACAAGGUUCUAUAAGAUGGGAAUGUUGCCUACAUUGACAGCCAUACAUUUACUAUGGAAGUUGCUUUCAUUUAACUUUUUUUCUAUGUGUAUUUAAUCCUAUAUCGGCUCACGUCUGAGUGCUAUCUUUUAAUAUCAUUUCUUAAUAUUUAUCAGAUCUCAUAAUGCUAUCCAACAUGCUGCAGACUGAAUUUAUUUUAAAAUGGAUGCAAAUUAGGAAAAAUGACCAAUAUUGGGCAAUAUUUACUAUGUUCAGCCGUUUCUUGCCCUGGUGUCAAUGAAGCUUUGCAUUUUGCUGGGAGAUUUUAAAUAUAGGUGCCCACAAAUGACCCUUGUGUAAGAAACAAUAUGUAGUUGUCUACAUUGAUAUCUUAGAACGUGGGCUUAGGGUAAAAUUCACGUAAUUUUGUGUGCAUUGGCAAUGAAAAAAAUACUGUGGCCGUCCUGUUGAGCAGGUUAUUGUUUGUAAAGUAAAAAGAUUCUCUUUCUUGUUUUGAUUUGAUGUACUCUUGUUUAUACAAAUCCUAAUUAUGUAGAUGCUUUUUUGAGCAUCCAUGACAUUACUUUUCUGUUAAAUUGUGUAAUAUUACAAUACGUUUGCUUAUUUAAUUUUGUUAACAUUUAUAAAAAAAAAAAAAAGUCA